ACACAGCCACUAGAUUAGUUUGUGAGGGAAGGAGAUGUAUCUUCCUUCCCUUUGAUAGUGGGUUAAAUUCAGCUGGUACCCUCUGGAACUACAGGAACACUGUUCUUCAAGAGAAAGUCACUCCACCAAAGCCAGGAACACUGUGUUCUCAAGACCUCAACAAACAAAAGCGCAUCAAGGUUGCUACCUAUUCUUUGCAACUCUCAGGAUUUACAGGCACUCAGUCCCAAAUUCAGUACCCCAUUCUUCCAGGGAUAAAUCAUCAUAGUAAUAACUCAUCUUAAAACUACCAGCUAAGCAUGUUUAACUAUGAACGUCCGAAACACUUCAUCCAGUCCCAAAAUCCACACGGCUCCAGAUCCCAGCCUCCUGGAUCGGAAACCUCCAGCUUCUCCAACCAGACCAAACAGUCUUCUAUUACCAUCCAUCCCCGCCAGUGCACAGAGCAAAGAUUUUCUGCCUCCUCAACAAUGAGCUCUCAUAUCACCAUGUCCUCCUCUGCCUUCCCUGCUUCUCCCCAGCAGCCCCUUGGCUCCACCCAAGGCCAAAGGGUUACAGCUACCUAUAAUCAGUCCCCAGCCAGCUUCCUCAGCUCCAUAUUACCAUCACAGCCCGACUACAGCAGCAGUAAAAUCCCUUCCAUGGUGGACUCCAACUACCAGCCAUCUUCAGUUGGCCAACCUGUAAUUGCUCAGCCAUCCCAAACUGCAAAUGCGAAGCCCACUCCAAGGACUCCUGACCAUGAAAUACAAGGAUCAAAAGAAGCUUUGAUUCAGGAUCUGGAGAGAAAGCUGAAAUGCAAGGACACCCUUCUUCAUAAUGGAAAUCAACGGCUAACAUAUGAGGAGAAGAUGGCUCGCAGAUUGCUGGGACCACAGAACGCAGCUGCUGUGUUUCAGGCUCAAGAUGACAGUGAGGCACACGAUUCAUCACAGCAGCACAACUCAGAACAUGCACGACUACAAGUUCCUACGUCACAAGUAAGAAGCAGAUCAUCUUCGAGGGCAGAUGUGAAUGAUCAGGACGCCAUCCAGGAGAAAUUUUACCCACCACGUUUCAUUCAAGUGCCAGAGAACAUGUCAAUUGAUGAAGGCAGAUUCUGCAGAAUGGACUUCAAAGUGAGUGGACUGCCAGCUCCUGAUGUAUCGUGGUAUCUAAAUGGAAGGCCAGUCCAAUCAGACGAUCUGCAUAAAAUGAUAGUGUCUGAGAAGGGCUUCCACUCACUCAUCUUUGAGGUCGUCAGAGCUUCGGACGCAGGGGCGUAUGUGUGUGUCGCCAAGAACAGAGCAGGAGAAGCCACCUUUACUGUGCAGCUCGACGUCCUUGCAAAAGAACAUAAAAGAGCGCCAAUGUUUAUCUUCAAGCCACAGAGCAAAAAAGUUUUUGAGGGAGAGUCGGUGAAACUAGAAUGCCAGAUCUCAGCUAUACCUCCACCAAAGCUUUUCUGGAAAAGAAAUAAUGAAAUGGUACAAUUCAACACUGACCGAAUAAGCUUAUAUCAUGACAACGCUGGAAGAGUUACAUUACUGAUAAAAGAUGUAAACAAGAAAGACGCUGGGUGGUACACCGUAUCUGCAGUUAAUGAAGCCGGGGUAACCACAUGUAACACAAGGUUAGAUGUUACAGCUCGUCCAAAUCAGACUGUUCCAGCUCCUAAGUUACGUGUUCGACCAACAUUCAGCAAAUAUUUAGCACUUAAUGGGAGAGGCUUGGAUGUAAAACAAGCUUUUAACCCUGAAGGAGAAUUUCAGCGUCUGGCAGCUCAAUCUGGACUCUAUGAAAGUGAAGAACUUUAAUAACUUUAUCAACAGUGAAAACACAACUAUACUAUUAGAACACAUUUUUUAAAAUAAAUCCAUAGCUGUAUUAACAGAUUAUGGCUUUAAGUAGAUAUAUAACUAAUACAUAUUUCUGAUAUUUAUCCUUUGCCUCCUGGAUAUUCUGCUUCUCUGAUUUUUGAAGCCUUUGGAAAACCAGACUACAUGGAUUUGUGUAACAGUAGAAGACUCUUAAAAUGUGAGAUUAUAACAUUUCAGUCAGCACAUUUAUUAGUUACAGGUUAUCAAUAUCAACUUUUUAAGAACAUCUAUCUGAUACUUGUAACAAGGUUUAAAGGUACUGCUUUUACAUACUGUUUUCUCUUGUAGCAAUGCUAACACAGUACAGAUAUAUGAGUGUUCUAUAGUUCAAUGUCAAAAGAAUAAAAUUCAAAUAUU